UGACAGCGUUUUCAACUAGGAACAGGAAGCCGUGGCUACGGUUGGGUCUUAACAAAAACAGCCAGUUCUACUUCCUCAUGUGACAGAUGACCGAAAUUAUGAUUUCAAUUCUUCUGCUUGUCGUCUCUCUGUUGGAUUCAGCUAAAGGUUUGGAACAUCAGGUAGCGAAAAAAGGAACAGACUUACUGCUGGAUGCAAAAGUGACUACACUCCCCAGUGUAGCAGACUUUUCCUGGAAAUGUAUUAAGAGUGAUAAAACAUUGAAUGUGGUAAAACUGGGAUUCAAAGGAGAUCUCAGAAUUUUCUUUGAUAAAACUAGCAUUGAGUUUUUCAAGCAAAACUACUCUCUGCUGUUAAAGAAUGUGCAACAUAACAACAGUGGCGUUUAUAAAGCAGAGCUGAGUGGAAGUGAAGACAAAAUCCUAGUUGAGUAUAACAUUACUGUCCAAGAACCAGUGUCUCCAGUAAAGUUAACAGUAACUGAGUCCAACUCCAGUGCCUGUAACCUCACCGUGACCUGCAGAACAGAGGAUUCUAACCUUAACAGAACUUUUCAGUGCAACAAAUCAUCCUGCCAUCUACAAGAAGGAGCUCCAGUCUCUUUCACUGUCUUCCUGCAGCAAGAUAACAUCAUCUGUAACCAUAGUAACCAAGUGAGCUGGAAUCAGGACUCGAAAAACAUCAAAGUUUACUGUCAGAAAAAAGCAGGUCCCAGUACAGUUUCAAGUGCAACGAUCACAACUUCAUCAGUAUUUACAGCUGUUGCUGUGGUGGCUGGCAUAAUAGCUAUCAUCUGUUUAAAGUGUAAAAGAAAGGGCCAGGAAAAAUCAGUGUAUGACCUUCCUCAGAACAUGAAUCAAGUGGAGAAUCCAUACAACAAUGAUGAGGAUACCUCUCAGUCUCCAACAACAACUUAUGCUUUAGUACAGUUUGUCAGUCAUCCUGAGCAACAAAGCAAACUCUUAAACUCCUCCCACCCAGAGACGGUGUACGCACAAGUUAACAGAGCUACCAAGAUCAAGUCCACAGAUCCUACAGCUGAAGACCAAGAAAUGACUUAUUCAAACAAUGACAAUGAAACCUGCUGUCUUCCAUAACAAACCAGACAGCAAACAUUAAACUCUGAUCAGAAAUCAUCAUCAUGUGGUUGACAGCCCAUAAGUCUGUCUGGGAUCUGAAGCAUGCUAAUAGGUAUAUAUUUGCUUUUCCCACCAUCAUGUUUUAUAUUUGAAUUAUCAGAGGGGGCUGUGGCUGCUUGUUUUGUUGUUGUAAAAUAAAGGCUUUAGCUUAUUUAUGUACAGGAUGUUAAAAUAAUAAAGUGAUAUAUUAACAUA